GUUAAGCAUGCUGUCCUGGGCGCUCAUGGUGUAGAUGCACAAGUUUCUGGAAUCACUUUUCUAGAAUCCUUGGUAUCAGAAUUUUCAUUAACAACUUCAACUGCCUUGGGCCUCCCUAGAGAGUUUCACGAGCAAUGCCAUCUAUCAUUCGAAUCGACCUGUUUGAAGGAAUUUUAUUGUUGGGCCAAAGAUGCUGCAAUCAGCUUGACUGAUAAAAUCGUUGGUUGCAAUGCAAGUCUUUAUGAAGAUAAAAUUUGCUCUUCAGCAAUGCACCUGAUGUUUCAAAUUUUGAACUGGAAUUUUAGACGAUCAACUCUUCCUCCAGAACUUUCCAACUUCAAUCCAAAUGCAUUUUCAGCUGGAAUCAGGCAUGAAGCCGUAUUGCUUAAAAAGUUUGAGCGAACUUUUGUGCAACCAGGAAUCGCUUGGCAUGAUCCCUUAAUAUCUAGCGGACAAAUUGCUUGGGUCCUUAAUCUUUAUUCAACACUACGCCAAAAAUAUUUUGUUGAUGUGAUAUGGCUUGAUUCUUCCCUUGCAGUCUCUACUAGAGAACUUAUUUUGCAGUUAUGCUCAUUGACAGGGACUGUGUUCCCUUCUGAUAAUGGGCAUACACAAAGCAAUCACCUACUUCAGAUACUCUCAUCUGUUAUACAAUGGAUUGAACCUCCUGAAGAAGUCAUAAAUGUGAUAAGGUCUGGACGAAGUGAAAGUGAAUUUAUUGACGGUUGCCAUGCAUUGCUGUCAAUAGCCACUCUGACUACUCCUUCGCUGUUUGACAACUUUUUGCUGUCACUGAGACCUUUUGGAACUAUUCACUUCUUGUCUAUCUUGACAAGUAAUGUUAUAAAAGCCGAUGUAGUUAAUCAUGAUGAAGAGGAAACAUGGACGUCAGAAGCUCUGGAUAUUCUGCUGGAGACAUGGAAUGUUAUUUUUGGGCAGGCAUCAGAUGGGGAUAAGAAUUCAAUUUCAGCAGAAGGAAUUUCCGUAUCUGCCAAACUAUUCAACAAUAUUGUGGAGUCUUAUCUGGAAGCUGCUGCUGCAACUGCCUAUGAUGAUGAAGAUGAUGGCGAACACUUUGUCGCAUCUGUCUCAAAAAGAGAUGAAAGGUUGGAGUCAUAUGCUAUUAUUGCUCGAGCUGCUGCUGACAUUACUAUUCCUUUUCUGUUACGUGUGUUUUCUCAGCAUUCUUCUCAGCUUAAUCAGAUAAUUGGGAAAAGUGAUCCUACUCGCAUUUUGGAAAAGCUUUACUGGAUCUUGUUGAUGAUAGGCCAUGUUCUAACUGAUUAUGGAGAGGGAGAGACAGCACUCAUUCCUGAAGCAUUAAAAACUGGAUUUUCAAAUAUCCUGGAAGAAACACAGCAUCCUGUGGUUUUGCUCUCCUGGUCAAUAAUAGAAUUUUCGAGGCUGAGUUUAGAUCCAAAAAUGAGGGCAGCAUGUUUUAGUCCUCGCCUUAUGGAGGUUGCCGUGGAGAAAGCAAGUGAUAAAGAAACAACUGAGGAUCAUGGUUGUAAGAAAAGUUCUGCAGACAUAAUCACAGAGGAAUCACUCAUGGUUGAGGUGCACGACACCAGGUGUAUGACGAGAGGGAAAGUUCGCAACCUCAUCAUUGACAAAGGAAGAUGUGAACGUGUACUCCGCUUUCAUGAUGAAGAAGUUGGAUCUGACUAUACAAAAACACUCCCAGUCCUAUUCUCUAACGUGGCUUAA